AUGGCGCAGUCGACCUCUCGCUUCACAUCGCGCCGAGACCUUAACGGCCUUAACGUUGAUUACGCGCUCCCAUCGGCGAUAGAGAGUCUCCGUCAGGGUUCGUUCGCCAUCCUGUCAGUCUCUGCGACAGUGUCAAGCAUCAUAGCAGGCGCAGAAGCCCAGUUGCUACUCUUCUUCAAAGACACAGAAAGUUAUGCUCCCGGGACGCACCCGACUAUACCGCCUUUACUGGCGGCCCUCGCGUAUGUGGCUUUGCUGUGCAGUAUAAGCUCAACCGUGGGCGCGGCGAUCCUCAGCGCCUUGCUCUCCGAGCUGCCGCUGCGUUCGGCCGAACAAGGCAGGGCCGCCGGGAUUCGUAGAUUGCGGCCCGAGGGACACGGUGAUAUGAUGUUUGGGCACCGCUACCGCAUGAGGAGCGGAUGGCGACUCAUCCUGGUUUAUUGGCUGCUCAACUCACUCAUCUCAUUCUUCUGUACGGUAGCGUCCACCGCCAUUUACUGCGCAAGUCAGGAGCCACCAGCAACGCGCAUCGUCGUUCCCAUCGUGGCUGUCCUGGCCGCUUCGCCACUGUUAUGGUUCGCGUUCGUCUGUGCGUCGUCGGGACGAUCACGUAGAGGGCGUAGUUGGAGUUAG